AUGUCGCACGUUCCCUUUCGCAUGGAACGUCUUAUGGACCGCCUGUAUGCGACGGACGAAAUUUUAGACUUUGUGGGGCGAGGAACGUAUGCGUCGGUGUUCAAGGGUGUGAGCCUCGUAGAUGGUGAUAAAGUGAGCAAGGGGAGCCCUGUUGCCCUCAAGGUGUUUGAAAAGCGAGGUCUCUCGUUGGACAGAAUGUGCCAAGAUAUUGUUAGAGAGGUGGAGAUUCUGCGUCAUCUGAACCACCCUAAUUGCUUGCAAUUUAUUGAUUGCUUUCAAACCGAAUAUCAUAUUGUGAUCGUGACAAACUUCGUUGAUGGAAAGGAACUCUACAAGACACUGCGUGACGGCAUCAUGACGGAGGCGCAGGUGCGGUCAGUUGCACGACAGUUGUUGGAGGUCGUUAACUAUUUGCAUAGCCAGGUUCGCGUUGUACACCGCGAUAUCAAACCUGAGAACGUACUUGUAACAUCCACAGAAGAUGGUGGAUUCCACUUGACUCUUGUUGACUUUGGUCUCGCACGCACGCUGUCGAAGGGGCGGCGUUGUGUUGGUGAUCGUCUUUUGGGCGGGAACGUGUGGCAGUUGUCCCCAGCUCCCUCGGCUGCGCCAGCGGACUCGCUUGAGUCGUCGUACACCGACAGUCCUCUUAUCGCCACACCGUGCGGGACCAUUAACUAUGCGGCCCCCGAGACGGUGCGCAGCCUCGUGCAAAGCGGCCAUCUGGCAACCACCGCUGAGUUAAUGCCACGAAUGGAUAUGUUUGCCGUGGGGACCAUAUUGUACGUGAUGUUCUGCAGGAAGCUGCCUUUUCAAAACAGGGGAAAUAAGGUACAAUUGGUGAAAGUGAUGGAGGUCGGGCCGUUAUUUGAGGAACCGGAAUGGAGGAAUGUGCCACCUGAGGCUGUAGAUAUCAUUCGGCUAUUGUUGAGUUUUGACCCAGGUCAGCGGCCUAAAGCAAGUGAUGUGCUGCAAUCUGCGUGGUUCCUAAAAAAAAAUGAGUCGGGUGGAGUGGCUGAUUUCUUACCAAUGACGAGCCAAUGUGAAGAGGGAUAG